AUGUACAAAUAUAUCGUCUUUGCCUUUUUGGCAUUAAUUUCUGUUUCAUAUUCCGCCCCUUACAUUGUCCCAGGAACCUAUGUAUGGCAAAACCAAGGACAAUGUCUUUAUCCAACACAAGUUACUCUUACCAAUACUAAUGGUGUAGUCAACAGUUUUUCAACGGCCACUGGUAAUCCAUUUUUAGUCAAUGUUACAGUCAAUUCCGAUGGAACUUUCAAUGGUCAAGGUGCUCUCUACAAUCAACCAGGUUGGAAGUUUUACGCUUACACUGUAGUCACCGGUAAAAUAAUCGAUGGUUAUACAUUAUACAUCAAUUAUCUUCAAAGAUCCUACCCAUACUUUGGUGGUAACACUCUCUACUAUAUCCAAACUUCAUGUUCAAUGAAUGAGCGUCUUUCAGCUAAUAUUGACACUUCCUCAUUGAUGAUGAUGAUGGGUGGUGAACAAUAA